AUGGAUGAUGAAUUCUCAGUUUUUGAUGAUGAGAUUAACAAGAAGAAGAAAUUGUCGAAGUCUCAAUUUUUUUUAUUUACUCAUUUCUUGUGGAUUGCAGGUGAUAUUCACGGACAUUAUGGAGAUCUUUUGAGGCUUUUUGAGUAUGUUGGAUUCCCUCCGGAGGCCAAUUAUCUGUUCUCAGGAGAUUAUGUUGAUCGAGGCAAGCAGAGUUUAGAGACAAUAAGCCUUCUUCUUGCCUACAAGAUCAAGUAUCCAGAAAAUUUCUUUCUCUCAAGUGGAAAUCACGAAUGCGCAUCAAUUAACAGGAUAUAUGGAUUCAAUGAUGAAUGUAAACGCCGUUUCAAUGUUAGGCUGUGGAAAGUUUUCACUGAUUGUUUUAAUUGCCUUCCUGUAGCGGCUCUGAUAGACGAUAAGAUACUUUGCAUGCAUGGUGGUCUUUCUCCUGAUCUAACAAACAUGAAUCAAAUAAGAACUCUACCUCGUCCAACUGAUAUUCCUGAGUCUGGUCUGCUUUGUGAUCUACUUUGGUCAGAUCCUAGUAGAGACGUUAAAGGUUGGGGUAUGAAUGACAGAGGAGUCUCAUACACAUUUGGUCAAAAUAAAGUGGCUGAAUUUCUCAUGCAACAUGAUAUGGACCUCGUUUGUCGUGCCCAUCAGGGAUUCGCUGUCGUUUGGUUACCUGAAUUAUGGAUACUGGUUUCUUUCAACUUUGUAGAACUCAGAGACAUGAACAUGGUACUAAGGCACUGUGCAAUGACAGAAUGUUUAAGAAUCUUGUUCAUAAUGCAAUCUACGAUUCAGACUGUGUACAUUCACUUGUCUGAUUUAGCAUAG